CAUAGCUAUAGAAUAAUCGAAUACACCCGUGUCCCUUAUUCCGAUAGUCAGCUUCUUUUACCUUCCGGUUACUCGAAGAGGUGGUUUGGUUUUGAGGUAACGUUAUUCGUAUCACAGAAGGUAGCACAACAUAAAAAUGGUCGCUCAAAAGAAGCAGAAAAAGGCGAUGGAGAGUAUAAACUCCCGGUUAGCUCUGGUGAUGAAGUCUGGGAAGUAUGUACUUGGACUUAAGCAGACUUUGAAGUCACUGAGACAGGGCAAAGCCAAGCUUGUCAUCAUUGCUAACAACACUCCUCCACUGAGAAAGUCAGAGAUUGAAUACUAUGCAAUGUUGGCAAAGACUGGAGUGCACCAUUACUCUGGGAACAAUAUCGAGCUUGGAACAGCUUGUGGAAAAUAUUUCCGUGUUUGUACACUGUCAAUCACUGAUCCUGGAGAUUCAGACAUUAUUCGAUCAAUGCCAACUGGAGAUGGACAGUAAAUGUGAUUCUUUGUUUCGUAUAUUUAUGCAAACUCUGAAAUAAAAACAUGUUUUAAUUUGUA